CGCUCCAGCCUCUGUCGCUCUGCGCAUGCGCUUCAUUUCAAUCCUGCUGCAAAUGGGAACAUGUGUGAGGUCGCGGAGGGAUAGUGGCAGCUAAGUUAACAAACACACCCGUGCCAGCAUGCCGUUCAAUAAAGUCAUGUUACUGCGGGGCCGCCCUGCUCUCCUUGUUUCCCCUGUGAGCAGACUGUGUGAGCGAGCCUUCUCCGGCCGCCCCGCUCCUUCCCGGUUUGAGAGUUGGGAAAGUGUUGUUGGCCUCGAAAUCCAUGCACAGAUUAAUUCCGAAUCCAAGCUUUUUUCAAGCUCACGUGUUCAGUUUGCUGCCCCUCCUAAUUCUACAGUUUCAUUUUUUGAUGCUUCUUUGCCAGGAACAUUGCCUGUAAUUAACAGAAGAUGCAUUGAAGCAGCUGUAAUGACAGGCUUGGCUUUAAACUGCACUGUAAAUAAGAAAUCCCUUUUUGACCGAAAGCACUAUUUCUAUGCAGACUUGCCUGCUGGUUAUCAAAUUACACAGCAGAGGCUUCCAAUUGCUGUUAAUGGAAAUUUGACAUAUCGUCAUCAAGUGGGAACAAAAUGGAAUGAGAUGGUUACAAAAUGUGUCAGAAUCAAACAAGUCCAGUUGGAACAGGAUAGUGGAAAGAGUCUACAUGAUGACUUAAGGCGUCAGACCCUCAUUGAUUUGAACAGAGCAGGAGUUGGUCUCAUGGAGAUUGUCAUGGAGCCAGACAUGAGCUGUGGGGAAGAGGCUGCUGCAGCAGUGAGGGAACUCCAACUUAUCUUGCAGGCACUUGAAACAAGCCUUGCAAACAUGGCAGAAGGCCAAAUGAGAGUUGAUGCAAACAUUUCAGUUCACCAUCCUGGAGAGCCACUUGGAGUGAGGACUGAAGUGAAAAAUCUUAAUAGUGCUCGUUUUCUAGCAAAAGCAAUUGAUUAUGAAAUUCAGAGACAAAUUAAAGUACUGGAUAAUGGAGGAACAAUUUUAAAUGAAACCAGAUCAUUUGAUUAUAAACACGGGUCUACCAUACCUAUGAGAGAUAAAGAAGGAAAGCAAGAUUACCGAUUUAUGCCUGAACCAAAUCUCCCGCCUCUGAUACUAUACGACUCAAAAUCAUUGCCCCCUGCUAAUAUGGAUCCAGAGCAAGUGGUGAAUAUUGAUUUGAUUAAGGAAAGGCUACCAGAACUUCCAAGUAUCACCCGUGAAAGGCUUGUUGAACAAUAUGGCAUUUUACCGGAGCAGAGUUAUAUUUUGGUGAAUGAAGAUGGAUUACAAGAAUAUUUUGAAACUGUAGUGAAAUGUUCCCAAAUUAAUCCAAAAAGGAUAAUUGCGUGGCUGAUAAAAGAUUUGCUUGGUCACAUACGACUGCUAAAUAUUACAAUCAAACAGAGCCCAGUAAAACCAAUUUAUUUAGCUGAACUUCUGACACUUCUCGAAAAUGGAGACAUUUCUUCUUCAGCUGCCAAACAGGUAUUCCAGGAGCUCUGUAAAGGAGUAGAAAAGACUCCAGCCCAGAUUGUUAAAGAAGAGAACCUCUGGCUUCUUAAGGACAUGAGACAGCUAGAAGAGAUUUGCCAAGGAAUCAUUGAAGGUCAUAAAGCAGAGGUCGCUGCCAUAAGACAAGGAAACCUGAAAAUUAUGAACAAACUUAUUGGCCUUGUCCAAAAAACUACAAAAGGAAAGGCGGAUCCAGUACUUGUAAAGAAAAUACUUGAAGAGAAGGUUUUAUCAUAACUUUCAUCCUUUUAAUUAAAUUGGUGAUGUAAUAUUAUACCAUUUCAAUAGUGUAUAUAAUUUUCAUAUUGAACAUUAAAUUAUUAACGAAGUA